AUGUUCAAGUGCCAGAUUGUGUACGAUUGUGAUCUUAGAAAUCAUGCUAAUACAUUGGGAAUAUUCAAGGAUGGUGAAAUUGUAUCACAAUGCACAAUGAGAAAAGUAGCGGCAACUGGCAAGGAAAAAACCAAACUUGAAAUAAUAUGCAAUCUUAUUACGGGCUAUGCUGGAAAAGACUGGAAAUUUGUAUUGGGUAGCAAAUCUGGAUUUAAUCAAACUAUUGGCAAUGAAACAUUUACUGUCACACUUGAUCCAUUACUUUUGACGAAGCUACCUAGUUUUGACAUCACACUUGAUGAAGAAAUCACAUCGGCAUCAAUUUUUAUAUCCGAUUGUUAUCAUAUUUCAGAAACUAAAUAUCUUAAUUUUCAAUGUUCGAGUGAUGACGAUGUAAAGAAACCAGUUACUGACACUUGCCAAGUUACAUGUCCAGUGAAAUCAGAUUCCACUUACAAUAUGUCCUUGAUUCGUCUUUCUAUACCAAUAAAUAGUGGAAAGGAAAUUGUCAAUGGUACAUUUUCAGAAGAACGACGCCGCGAAACUAUUCGCAUAGGUAAACCGUGCCAUAAUGCUUACUCAACUGCUAUGAGAAUAAUGAAUCGAACAUCGAGUGUAUUCACGCUCAACAUUUCGUACAAUUGUUUAAUUACAAAUUCUGCUAAGUUAGCUGUGUUUAAAGAUGACAAUAUCGUAACACAAUGCAAAAUAGAUUUGACUUAUUUACCGAAGAUUGAGAAGACUAAUGUUAUCGUUAUAUGUAAUAAUAUUACUAAUCAUGCUGGUCAAAAAUGGACGUUUUCAUUUGGUAGUAUGAAUGAUCACAAAACAAAUGUUGCCAAUGAAACAUUCAUUGUUUCACUCGAGCCACUCUCUUUGAAAAGCCUACCAAAAGUCCAACAAACAGUUGAUGAAAACAUUACUUUAACGACGAUCGUUGUAGAGGGCUGCAAUGGAGUAGCAGAAAUAGCACAUCUCUAUUUUCAAUGCGGAUUGGGUGUGAUUGGAAGACAGUCUCUUUCAGAGAAUUGUACAUUUACAUGUUCGGUGCAACCCGCUGUUAAUUAUCAUGUUCAAGUCAUUCGAUCUUCCAUUCCAAAAUAUGAUGGAGCACAGACUCCGAACGGUACAUUUCCAGAAGAGGCACUACCUGUCACUUUCACCACAAAAAUAGACAAAGCAACCAAUAUUCGUGUUGAAUUAAGCGAGACAAACAAUAGUGUGGCGUUGAUUUAUUUCACACGACCUCGUGGUUUUUACGAUGAGAUUCGUAUCGACUGUUUUCCAUCUAAUCAAACUUGUACGAAUACAAGUGCCGUUCUAACGGGCAAAGUCAAUAGUGCAUGUACGAAUUGCACUCAUAUCACAAUCGCUUCAAUACAAAAUGGUAUCGAAUAUAAAUGUUGGGCAAAUAUUUCCAGAGCAACAUUUAGUUCAAUAAACUACAGUGCUAUAGAUUUCAACACACCAUUAAAACCAAUACUUUACAAUCAGACAUGGUUGUCAAACACCACUGAUAUUAGUGUCGAUGUUGUUCCACAAAGCGACUUCGAUCAUAUUGAAUCAGUAUGCCAAGUACAUCAUACGCAAACAUCUGUAUGCAUGGACAUGAAAAUAACUCAUAGUCAAUGUACAACAACAUUAACAUCAACUUUCAAUGGUAUUCCUGGGUGUGAUUAUCGAUGCUUUUUUUCGACAAUAAAAGAAGAUUACAUAGAUGUACAUUCAGAAGAAUACACUAUAUCAAUUCCACCGCCCAAACCAAUUAUCACCUCAACUAUAUGGGCUGCUCAUUAUAUAUUCGUAGAAUGGACAAUUGAUGAACCUGCCUAUGUCGAUCAGUUUCUCGUAGUGGUCAACAAUAAAAGAUGUUCAAAACGAUUUUGUUUAAUUCAUUUAACAGAACAUCGUCAAAUAUUAAAUAAAGAAUUCAAACGUCUUAUUAAUGAUUGCGAACAAUUUAAACAAAGAAUUAAUAAACCAAAACAAAAUCGACAAUAUCUACAAAAUCAGUUAAUAAUAAAACAAAUUGAUCAAUGGGAAAGAAAUUCGAUUGAAAAAAUUAAACAAAAAGCACAAGAAAGUAGAAAAUUUGUUAUUGAAUCAUCAGAAAUAUUUAUUAAUGAUAUUCAAAUGAAAUUUAAUGAUUUAUCUGAACAAAUAAAACAUAUUCAAAAAGAAAAUGAAUUCAAUGAAAUUAAUUUAGAAUAUUUAAGAAGCCAAUUCAUAGAAAUUACAGAAGAAUCAAAUAAUUCGUCAAAUAUUUCUGUAAAAGAAGAUUCACAAUCAUUUGUUAAUGAAAUUUCAAUUAUUUCAUCAAAAAGAUCAAAAUUCGGUAAAUGGAAACAAAAUGCCAUCACUUUGGCUGGUGGAAAUGGACAAGGACAAAAAUUAAUUCAACUUAAUAACCCUGAUGGGAUCUUUUUAGAUAAAAACAAAAAUAUUUUCAUUGCUGAUUGUUUUAAUCAUCGUAUUGUUGAAUGGAAAUGUAAUGCAAAAGAAGGACAAAUCAUUACAGGUGGAAAUGAAAAAGGAAAUCGAAUGAAUCAAUUGAGUUAUCCAACAGAUGUGAUUGUUGAUCAACAAAGUAAUUCGAUCAUCAUUGCUGAUCAAGGAAACAGACGAGUGAUUCGAUGGUUAAAUGAAAAUCAACAAAAAAUUCUCUUUCACAAUAUUGGCUGUUAUGGCUUGGCAAUGGAUAAAUAUGAAUUUCUUUAUGUUUCUGAUCAUAUAAAGAAUGAAGUGAGACGAUGGAAAAUGGGAGAAUAUGACAAUGAAGGAAUUGUAGUGGCAGGUGGAAAUGGACAAGGAAAUAAACUUAAUCAACUGAAUUUUCCUGGUUUUAUCUUUGUUGAUGAAGAUCAAUAUAUUUAUGUAUCAGAUACAAACAACCAUCGUGUGAUGAAAUGGAGAAAAGAUGCAAAAGAAGGAAGAAUUGUAGCUGGAGGAAAUGGUGAAGGAAGAAAUCUCAAUCAAUUGUAUCGUCCUCAAGGAAUAAUCGUUCGUGAUUUUGGUGAAAUUUAUGUGGCGGAUUGUUGGAAUCAUCGAGUAGUGCGUUGGUGUGAAGGAAAAGCAGAAGGUGAAAUUAUUAUUGGUGGAAAUAUUGAAGGAAAUCAAUCGAAUCAAUUGUAUUGUCCCUAUGGUUUAUGUUUUGAUGAUGAAAGAAAUCUUUAUGUUGCUGAAUCAAAAAGCCAUCGAAUUGAAAAAUUUGAAAUAAUAUCGUGA